UUGAAUGUUCUGUUACUUUCAUCAAUAAUAUCUGCAGACAAAUGAGCAUACAUGAAAAAGAGGGCUGCACCUAAUAAUUAUUCUAUAUUUAGUAUCAGUCAACUGAUUAGUUGUUUAGAUUUAUUGAUUAAUAUAGGGCUCCAACUAAAACUAAAAACUAAAACUAUUGUAUUUAGUGAAAUAAAAUCAUAUUGGAUCUUUAAAUCAAAAACCACUUUUGUAGUAGGCUACAGACCCCUGAAUGCAGCCAUGCCACAGACAUCCUAUUGCUGGUGAAUCGGGCGACCCCGCUUCCCAAAACGCGCGCACCCCGAGCUCCAGGCGGGACUUCCUUUCUCUUGCGGAUGCAAUAUCAGGGUGAGCAGGCAGAAAGGGCUUGGUCGGGGUGUCACCGGUCUAUCUCUGUGCGCCUCUGGACAGCAGAUAACCUGGAUGACGACGCUGCAGUUUCUGAAGCCCCGUAGAUGAAUCUCCUCCUCGGCUAUGCUGCCCUGAGAGCGCCGCGAGUACCCGCCCCGCCAAAAUGUCUGAUGUCAACAAGACUAUUCAGAAAUGGCACGCCAGUUUUAAGAAAGGCACAGACUUUGACUCGUGGGGACAAUUAGUGGAGGCUAUAGAUGAGUACCAAAUUCUCGCAAGACAACUGCAAAAAGAGGUCCAGUCAACAAAUUCGUCAGACUUCACAGAGGAGCAGAAGAAAACUUUAGGGAGGAUUGCAACAUGCCUGGAAAUGAGAAGUGGCAGUUUGCAGUGCACACAGUCAAAAGAGGAGUUCAAGUUAGAAGACCUGAAGAAACUGGAAACCAUUAUUAAAAAUAUACUCACCUAUAACAAAGAGUUUCCUUUUGAUGUCCAGCCUGUGCCCUUAAGGAAAAUCCUUGCUCCAGGCGAAGAGGAGAACCUUGAGCUGGAGGAGGAGGAGGAUGCAGCAGCAGGAGCAGGUUCCACAGAGGCUUUCCCCCCGCGAGCCCCUGCUUCGCAAGGUACCUUGUUGCCACGGUUACCCUCCGAGCCAGGGAUGACACUACUUACAAUAAAGAUUGAAAAAAUUGGCUUGAAGGACGCCGGGCAGUGCAUCGAUCCUUACAUGACCAUUAGUGUCAAAGAUUUAAACGGUGUAGACUUGAACCCAGUGCAGGACACCCCUGUGGCCACCAGGAAGGAGGACACCUACAUCCAUUUCAGUGUGGACGUAGAGAUCCAGAGACAUGUGGAGAAAUUACCAAAAGGAGCAGCUAUCUUCUUUGAAUUCAAGCACUACAAACCCAAAAAGAGGUUUACCAGCACAAAAUGUUUUGCCUUCAUGGAAAUGGACGAGAUCAAACCCGGACCCAUCGUAAUUGAACUGUACAAGAAACCCACAGACUUCAAGAGGAAGAAACUGCAGCUUCUGACAAAGAAACCACUUUAUCUCCAUCUUCACCAGACAUUACACAAGGACAGCUAAGUCAGAGCACGCCUUGAACUUUGCACCUCCUCUUCCAGUCUCACUUACAUCCACAUCCAGCAAAAUGUGGUGUUCCACCUCAUCACAUCCAGCAAUACUAAAUCAAGGCCUUUGCCACCCCCAUCCCCCAGUUUUCCAGAGUAUAUGAAAAAAAAAAAAAAAGGGAACUGAGCCAAACAUUAAUCACAUACCGCCACUUUAGUUUUUCAUUUUUAUAUUCAUUGAUUUUGUUGUGAAAUACAUAUCCCAUCUGCUGCAGGAAACCCUCCUCCAAAAAUAAUGGUGUUUUGACUAGCUGGAGAUCCAGGGUUUUCAUAUUACAGCAGAGGUAUAAAACUGUUAAACCACCUCAUCUCGAGUCUUCCUUCUGGCACUGAUGUAGGGAAAUGGGACACAAUGUGAGUUUCCACAGGUGCUUAAUUUGAGUUCAAUACGUCAUAGAGUUGUUGGACAUUGAACCUUGGACUGAACUUAAAAAUUCAGAUAAACAUUAAAAGCAACAAUAGUUGCCAGAAAAUGUGGACUUGUCUGGGGAAGUUAAUUCAGAGUUUGUGAAGCCAUUCCCUGAUUUAAAUAACAUUCAAACAGUGUCACAGUUUGUUUACUUCAUCAAGACACCAAAAGUGCAUUCUUGAAUUCUACGAUAUUCCAGGAUGGUUUAUGGAGUCUCGAGUGUGCUAAAAUUAUAUCCAAAUAAUAAAUCGUUAAAUUUAAAAACACUAUAACAAAAUAGUUAAUUAAAUAAGCAUUUAAAUUGUGCAUUACAAACAAUAUAAAUUAUGUUAAAAAGAUUAAUUAGAAUUACAUUUUAUUUACUCACUUAAAUUGACUUGUAAAAUAGAAUGACCAAACUAAUUUUAAAAAGGUAAUUAAAUGACACUGUAUUAUUCCUCUGUCUGCAUAUCAUAUCCCAACUCACAGUUUCCAUUUUGUGCUUUCUUUAAUAUUAAUCUGCAUUAACUGAAUUUUUAUUUUAAAUUUUUUGGCUACUUUGAUGAUAUAUUAUCACCUCUUCAACUGACAUGGCAAAGUUGUUAGCAAAAAGUUAUUUAUUUACACAUCCAGCAAACACAGAGCAGACGUGGAGACGUGCUUCUGUUCCACCUGUAAAAUGUAAGUCCAAUAUUCACACUCUGUUUUGGUCUCCACCAAUGUCUGAGAGAGAUAUCAGAGCUGAUUCUCUGUGGCUUUGCUGCUUUGAGUGGCAGCUAUCACAUUACAUGUAGUUAUUUGACUCAUUGUUAAUAUAAUGAUUUGGUUAAAAUAGAAAUGAAUGAAAAUUAAAUACAAAAAAGUGGUGGCACGCUCCAGACUCCAUAAGUGUUUAGUCACAGAUGGUACUGGAUUCAACAGUCACAUUCAUAAUGUUACAUGGUGCAAUUAUAUGUUCAAUAUAAAUAAGGUGUCUUUGACAUUCUGCUCUAUUAGUUGGCAUUUUUAGAGAAAUAGUAUUUGAAAGUUGUGUUGGCCUUUCUCAACAUUUCUUGCUAAAUUUGAUUUUUAAAUGUCAGAUUUUCACUCUGAAUAACUGUCCCAGCCCAGAAUGAAUGAGAUUAUGACCCGGAAGCAAUUAGAUUUUAAUUCUGACAGUUGCUACGCCAGUGUUCAUUCUUCAGUAUGUAUUGAAUUUAUUACAUUUAAAUACUGUUGCAUAAAGUUUUAUAAAUGCAUAAAGUUUAAAAUGGAUGCAGCAUGAUUUGCAUGCUGUGAAUGUGUAUUCUGUAAACAGUGUGAGCCUUUGGUUAAGGCUUAGAUAUUUAACACCAACUUUUUUCUAAGCAGUUUUUUGAUGGAUUACAGAUGUUUAUCACCUGCUAGGAAGUGGUUUUUGAUCUAGUGUUACUUUGCAGAUGAAAUGUUUUAUGUAUACAGUUAUAUUUGAAUGAAAUGCUUACAUGGAACUGUGUUUGGAGGAUGCAUCCUCAACGGUAGUCAAAGGACAGAUUUGUGCUGUGUGACUUUUGAAGGAUUGUCUUUCGCUUCAAUUGUUACCCAGAAAAGCCCACUACUCUUAUUUUGAAAUUUAACGUCACCCUGUUAUAAAGGGCUUUUUCAAAAAUGAAGUUGCAUGUUACUUUGUGUUUCCAUUCUGACUCUGCAGAUGUUCUUCACUAAAACAUCUACAUUGUACUAUUUGAUUUUAGAUUUUAUUUUUGUAAUGUCUCAAUAUUCAGGACUGUAAAUUAACUGUAAGAUACACUAACUGAUGAAUAUACAGUUCACUGUAUAUAUGUAUGAAGUGCUACGAUGUGGUAGGACUGAGAACUGUUUAGUGUUUUAGUUUUGUUGACAGAUUGAGGGGAAUUGUAUCAAACAUUUACAAUGCUUUUAAUUUCUAAUAAACUACAAAUGAGGCAUUUUGGUGGAUGAUCUCA